GCGCGGUGACUUACGCCUGUAAUCCCAGCACUUUGGGAGGCCAAGGCGGGCGGAUCCUCUGACGUCGGGAGUUCCAGACCAGCCUGACCAACAUGGAGAAACUACGUCUCUACUAAAAAAAUACAAAAUUAGCCGGGCGUGGUGGCACAUGCCUGUAAUCCCAGAUACUCGGGAUGCUGAGGCAGGAGAAUCGCUUGAACCCCGGAGGCGGCGGUUGCGGUGAGCCGAGAUUGCCCCUUUGCAUUCCAGCCUGAGCAACAAGAGCAAAACUCCGCCUCAAAAUAACUAACUAAAUAAAUAAAUAAAUUGGGGUGGGAAGGCAUGGGCCCUGAGCUAAGAGAGACCUGGCUCGCUGCUGAAGCAGGGCCACGCAUUUGAUUGACAGUUCGCUGGUUGGCGGGGCGUGGUCACGCUCGGAAACUCCGCCGUGACGUUGCAAAGGCUGGAAUCUCCGCGAGAAGUCCUGUCUUACUUCCACUUCCCACCCUUCGGGUUGAGGUCUCGAAACCCCGCCUCUUUCGUGACGUCAGCACGCCGGGCGCGGUAGGCUAUAAAAGCCUAGUGGCCAUUGUGUGCGCUGCUCUUAUCGGUUCCCAUCCCAGUUGUUGAUCCUAUGCAAGACGCCGCACGACCCCGCGCCCGCUUGUCGCCACUGCACUUGAGGCAGCCGGAGAUACUCUGAGUUACCCGGAGCCUGACGCCCGAGGGUGAGAUGAACGCGCUUGCCUCCCUAACCGUCCGGAUCUGUGAUCGCUUCUGGCAGACCGAGCCGGUGCUCCUGCCCCCGGGGUGACGCGCAGCCCCCCGCCGCCCAGACACAUGGCCCCAGGCCAAGCACCCCAUCAGGCUACCCCAUGGAGGGAUGCCCACCCUUUCUUCCUCUUGUCCCCAGUGAUGGGCCUCCUCAGCCGGGCCUGGAGCCGCCUGAGGGGCCUGGGACCUCCAGAGCCCUGGCUGGUGGAAGCAGUAAAAGGAGCAGCUCUGGUAGAAGCUGGCCUGGAGGGAGAAGCUAGGACUCCUCUGGCAAUCCCCCAUACCCCUUGGGGCAGACGCCCUGAAGAGGAAGCUGAAGACAGUGGAGGCCCUGGAGAGGACAGAGAAACACUGGGGCUGAAAACCAGCAGUUCCCUUCCUGAAGCCUGGGGACUUUUGGAUGAUGAUGAUGACAUGUAUAGUGAGCGAGAAACAACCAGUGUCCCUAGAGGGCAGGGAAGUCAAUUUGCAGAUGGCCAGCGUGCUCCCCUGUCUCCCAGCCUUCUGAUAAGGAGACUGCAAGGUUCUGAUAAGAACCCAGGGGAGGAGAAAGCCGAGGAAGAGGGAGUUGCUGAAGAGGAGGGAGUUAACAAGUUCUCUUAUCCACCAUCACACCGGGAGUGUUGUCCAGCAGUGGAGGAGGAGGACGAUGAAGAAGCUGUAAAGAAAGAAGCUCGCAGAGCCUCUCCUUCUGCCUUGUCUCCAGGAUCCAAGCCCAGCACUUGGGCGUCUUGCCCAGGGGAGGAAGAGAAUCAAGCCACGGAGGACAAAAGAAGAACAGAAAGAAGUAAAGGAGCCAGGAAGACCUCCGUGUCCCCCCCAUCUUCAGGCUCCAACCCCAAGGCCUGGGAGUAUCGUUCAGGAGAGGCGUCCAAGGAGAAGGAGGAAAAGGCACACGAAGAAGCUGGGAAAGGAGAAGCUGCCCCAGGGCCGCACUCCUCAGCCCCAGCCCAGAGGCCCCAGCUCAAGUCCUGGUGGUGCCAACCCAGUGAUGAAGAGGAGGGUGAGGUCAAGGCUUUGGGGGCAGCUGAGAAGGAGGGAGAAGCUGAGUAUCCUCCCUGCAUCCCCCCGCCAAGUGCCUUCCUGAAGGCCUGGGUGUAUUGGCCAGGAGAGGACACGGAGGAAGAGGAAGAUGAGGAAGAAGAUAAGGACAGUGACUCUGGGUCAGAUGAGGAAGAGGGAGAAGCUGAGGCUUCCUCUUCCACUCCUGCUACAGGUGUCUUCUGGAAGUCCUGGGUGUAUCGACCAGGAGAGGACACGGAGGAGGAGGAAGCUGAGGAAGAUGAUACAGGAUCAGCUGAGGAUGAAAGAGAAGCUGAGAUUUCCACUUCCACACCCCCUGCAAGUGCUUUCUUGAAGGCCUGGGUCUAUCAGCCAGGAGAGGACACAGAGGAGGAGGAAGAUGAGGACAGUGAUACAGGAUCAGCCGAGGAUGAAAGAGAAGCUGAGACUUCUGCUUCCACACCCCCUGCAAGUGCUUUCUUGAAGGCCUGGGUCUAUCAGCCAGGAGAGGACACGGAGGAGGAGGAAGCUGAGGAAGGUGAUACAGGAUCAGCUGAGGAUGAAAGAGAAGCUGAGAUUUCCACUUCCACACCCCCUGCAAGUGCUUUCUUGAAGGCCUGGGUCUAUCAGCCAGGAGAGGACACAGAGGAGGAGGAAGAUGAGGACAGUGAUACAGGAUCAGCUGAGGAUGAAAGAGAAGCUGAGACUUCUGCUUCCACACCCCCUGCAAGUGCUUUCUUGAAGGCCUGGGUAUAUUGGCCAGGAGAGGACACGGAGGAGGAGGAAGAUGAGGAUGCGGAUAGUGAGGAUAAGGAAGAUGAUUCAGAAGCAGCCGUGGAAGAAGCUGAGUCAGACCCACGUCCCUCCCACCUGGACCAGAGUGCCCACUUCAGGGGCUGGGUAUAUCGACCUGGAAAGGAGACAGAGGAAGAGGAAGCUGCUGAGGACUGGGGAGAAGCUGAGCCCUGCCCCUUCCGAGUGGCCAUCUAUGUACCUGGAGAGAAGCCACCGCCUCCCUGGGCUCCUCCUAGGCUGCCCCUCCGACUGCAAAGGCGGCUCAGGCACCCAGAAACCCCUGCUCAUGAUCCGGACCCUGAGACUCCCCUAAAGGCCAGAAAGGUGCACUUCUCCGAGAAGGUCACUGUCCAUUUCCUGGCUGUCUGGGCAGGGCCGGCCCAGGCCGCCCGCCAGGGCCCCUGGGAGCAGCUUGCUCGGGAUCGCAGCCGCUUCGCACGCCGCAUCGCCCGGGCCCAGGAGGAGCUGAGCCCCUGCCUCACCCCUGCUGCCCGGGCCAGAGCCUGGGCACGCCUCAGGAACCCACCUUUAGCCCCCAUCCCUGCCCUCACCCAGCCCUUGCCUUCCUCCUCUGUCCCUUGGUCCCCAGUCCAGACCACGCCCUUGAGCCAAGCUGUGGCCACACCCUCCCGUUCCUCUCCUGGUGCUGCAGCUGCUCCCCUGGACCUCAGUGGGAGGCGUGGCUAAGACCAACUGGUUUGCCUAUAAUUAACUAUUUAUUUUCUCUAAGUGUGGGUUUAUAUAAGGAAUAAAGCCUUUUGAUUUGUA